UACAUGCGUUGUCGCCCUGCCUGAGGUGUCGAGCAGCGAGCAGCACAGCAGCCGGACGGACCAGCUGAGGAAGAGAGAGCGAGACAGACAGACGACAAGUAGUCCUCCACGCCCAGAGAUCUCCAGCCUCCCCGCCUCGCCUCCCAGUUUCAGGUUUCCAACAUGGACGCCACCUCGCAGAUCUCGCCAGAGGAGCUGGAGGAGCUCAGAGAAGCUUUCACAAAGAUCGAUGUGGACAAAAACGGAUUCAUCAGCAAAGUCGAGCUGAACGAGCUCUUCAGAGCCGCGAACCUGCCGCUGCCCGGGUACAGGAUCCGCGAGAUCAUCCAGGAGCUGACCAAGACCAGCGACCAGCUCACCUUCGAGGAGUUUACUCAGAUCGUCCACAGGCUGAAGAGCACCGAGGUGGGAAAGACCUUCAGGAAGGCCAUCAACAAGAAGGAGGGAAUCUGCAACGUGGCGGGAACCUCAGAGCAGUCCGGCACCCAGCACUCCUACUCAGAGGAGGAGAAGGUGGCCUUUGUGAACUGGAUCAACAAAGCUCUGGAGAAGGACGCCGACUGUAAACAUGUCCUGCCGAUGGAUCCCAACAGCAACAACCUGUUCACCGCUAUGGGAGACGGAAUCGUCCUCUGUAAGAUGAUCAACUUGUCGGUCCCUGACACCAUUGAUGAGAGAACCAUCAACAAGAAGAAGCUCACACCCUUCACCAUCCAGGAGAACCUGAACCUGGCUCUGAACUCGGCGUCGGCCAUCGGCUGCCACGUGGUGAACAUCGGAGCUGAGGACCUGAAAGAGGGCAGGCAGCACCUGGUCCUGGGUCUGCUGUGGCAGGUCAUCAAGAUCGGACUGUUCGCCGACAUCGAGCUCAGCAGGAAUGAAGCUCUGAUCGCGCUGCUGCGUGAUGGAGAGAGUCUGGAGGAUCUGAUGAAACUUUCCCCCGAGGAGCUGCUGCUGCGUUGGGCCAACUAUCACCUGGAGCAGGCUGGCGGCGGCAAGAUCAACAACUUCAGCUCCGACAUCAAGGACUCGAGGGCGUACUACAACCUCCUGAACCAGGUGGCACCCAAAGGAGAUGAGGAGGGAAUCCCCCCCAUCGCCAUCGACAUGUCGGGACUCAGGGAGAAAGAAGACCUGAAGCGUGCAGAGUGCAUGCUGGAGCAGGCGGACCGGCUCGGAUGCAGACAGUUUGUCAUGCCGCCAGAUGUCGUCCGAGGAAACCCCAAACUCAACUUGGCUUUUGUUGCUAAUCUGUUCAACAAGUACCCGGCUCUGAAGAAACCAGAGAACCAGGACAUCGACUGGAGCUCCAUCGAAGGUGAAACCAGGGAGGAGCGUACCUUCAGGAACUGGAUGAACUCGCUGGGGGUCAACCCUCGUGUCAACCACCUCUACGUAGACAUUGAUGACGCCCUGGUGAUCUUCCAGUUGUACGAGAAGAUCAAGGUACCAGUGGACUGGGACAAGGUCAACAAACCUCCCUACCCGAAACUGGGCAGCAACAUGAAGAAGCUGGAGAACUGUAACUACGCCGUGGAGCUGGGAAAGAAGGAGGCCAAAUUCUCUCUGGUCGGCAUCGCGGGUCAGGACCUGAACGCAGGGAAUCGAACCCUCACCCUGGCUCUGCUCUGGCAGCUCAUGAGACGAUACACCCUGAACAUCCUGGAGGACCUGGGCGACGGUCAGAAAGUGACCGAUGACACCAUCGUGGCCUGGGUCAACGACGUGCUCAAACAGGCCGGAAAACCCACCAUCUCCAGCUUUAAGGACGGGUCUAUCAGCAGCAGCAUGCCCGUUCUGGACCUGAUCGAUGCCAUCCAGCCCGGAUCGAUCAGAUACGACCUGCUGAAGACAGAGGACCUGACUGAGGAGGAGAAACUCAACAACGCAAAGUACGCCAUCUCCAUGGCGAGGAAGAUCGGCGCCAGGGUGUACGCUCUGCCCGAGGACCUGGUGGAGGUCAAACCCAAGAUGGUGAUGACGGUGUUCGCCUGCCUCAUGGCACGCGGCAUGAAGAGGGUCUGAGGAGACGGGGGGCGGGGGUUACUUCUGCAGAGGCUCGGCUGUGUAUUGGUGACUUUAAACAGGACAGUUGAGGGAGAAAAUAAACUUAAAUUUUGGAUAUUAACAUGGCACAGAUAAUGCGAACACGGCGGUGAUGUCUCGAGGCAAAGGGAGAGCUGAAGGAAUCAUGGGGGAGAAGUUAAUCCACUGCAGACUGCGUCUUUCAUUCCUCUUGCUUUAAACUCAAACCCAACUCAUUGAAAACGUCCUGAGCUUUAUUACCACAAACAUUUCUUAGAGGCAGAAAUAACCCGAACAACGUGAAGACAGAGCCAGGAGCUGCAGUGACCGGCCUGAACCUGGAAGCCUUCUAGUAGCAGAGCAUUAGUCUCUCCCUUCUCUGCUUUCCCACUGGGUUGACGCCAAAAGCCACGUAGCAACAAAAUCUCCGUUUCUGUUGAACUCGACGAGAUUUCUGCCUCGAAUAAAUGUUUCGGACUAAAGCCCAGACUGUGCCAUGUGUGCCUAGUGUUGAAGUUUUUAAACUUAGUGAUUACUCGAUUAGUCUGUUACAGCAGUCGAAUGACAAUUUGUUGUUUGUUUUUCUGGCUCCAGCUUAUGAAGCCCAAACACUGUAGGAGGUUAGCGGAUGCGUCACAAGUAUAACUGAAUACAGCAAUAGAUAAUAAAACUGAAGACCCACAUUGAUCCUGGACCAACUGGUGCCCUGAAAAUACACCGAGAUGCAAAUUUUAUCCUCAUGUUAGCACGAGGAAAAUGGGAAAUAUACAGUUUCAGUGACUAAAUACAGGCUGAGACCAAAACACAGUAAAACUAAGAAACAGAACAGUAAAAGGAUUUUGUUAAAUUGUAUUUAACCAACUGAGGCUUUAAGCUUUACAUUCCUGUGCCAGUAUUAACCAUUGAUGUGUUCAGUUAUAUUUUUGACUUCUGACCUCUUGUUUCAGCUUUUAUAAUGUGAACAUUUCUUUGCCUGUUUUUUAUCACUGUACAUUUGAUUCUUUGGGUUUUUGGACUGUUGGCCAUUAGUAAUUAUUUUUUACAUUUAGGAAAAAAAAAAAAAAGAUAAAGUACAUAAAUUAGUACACGGCCAAUGCAGUAAACAUGCAGGUGUCCCAGUCUUUGUUGGUUUUGUUUUACAGAAUUCUGUGCAGCAGGUUAACGGUGAGGGAUUGACUUUUUCAGUGCAGAACUGCAUCUUUCCCCCUUCACGUCUUCCCUGUGUAUUUCUGUGGGACAUGAUGCGUCUCGGGCAGAGCCACAGUCUCACCUGCUGUUUUUAAACCAAAUCCAAACACAUUUCAAAUCAGAAACUUUACGCCAAAUCGACGCAACAAAUAA